UUUUGCAGAAUAUCAUGAUAGAGAAAUGACUGAAAACGGAAUUCCAUCAAUGGAGGCUAAUCAAACUAUGUUGAGCAUUCUAAUGUUUCCAUGGUUGGGGCAUGGACAUGUAGCCCCUUAUCUUCAACUAGCCAAAAAUCUCUCAAAGAGAAACUUCAAAAUAUACUUUUGUUCAACACCUGUCAGUCUCGAGUCAGUCAGAGGAGCCCUUGCAAGGAACUCAGAUGGUGCCAACAUCCAUCUAGUCGAGCUUCAUCUGCCAUCAUCACCCGAGCUUCCUCCAGAGUACCACACAACGAAAAAUAUACCACCAAAUCUCAUUCCCCAACUCUUUGAGGCCUUUAGCCAGUCAAAAUCCAAUUUCUCUAACAUACUUUCCUUCCUAAAACCUGAUAUGGUGAUAUACGACAGAUUUCAGACAUGGGCAGCCACCGCCUCCUUGUCUCUAGGCAUUCCCGCCGUUCAUUUUGCACCUGGAGCAGCUGCCGUGCAUUCAUUUUACUACCACCUCGCGGGAAUGACGGACUCACCUUUCCCUUAUGAUGCAUUGUAUCUUCGAAACUAUGAAGAAAAGCCCUCUGCCAAUGCAGUCGUGUUAAAGGUCAUUAAGGAAGAUGAUCAACAUUCUGGAUAUGGUCAUUUCAAGCUAUCUCAAGACAUUAUCUUGGUAAAGACAAGUAGGAGUUUCGAAGGGAAGUACGUCGACUACUUAUCUAGCUUGCUGCAGAAAAAAAUUGUCCCUGUUGGUCCACUUAUUGUACAAGCCAUGGGUAAAGAUGAUGAUUCAGGGAUCUUGCAAUGGCUGAGCUGCAAAAACCGGUUUUCGACUGUUUUCAUCUCUUGUGGGAGUGAGAACUACUUGUCCAAGGAUCAGAUUCAAGAGGUAGCUAAGGGGCUGGAGAUUUCCAAGGUGAACUUCAUAUGGGUUGUGAGGUUUCCUCAAGGGGAGAGAGUUUCUCUAGACGAGAUGCUGCCAAAGGGAUUUCUCGACAGAGUGGGAGAGAGAGGCCGGAUUAUUCAAGGAUGGGCACCACAGGGUGGCAUUCUAGCACAUCCUAGUAUUGGUGCUUUUGUGAGUCAUUGUGGUUGGAACUCAACACUCGAGAGCAUUCAUUUUGGUGUGCCGGUCAUAAGCAUGCCUUUCAAGCUCGACCAGCCACUGAAUGCCAGGUUAAUGGUGGAGGCUGGUGUGGCUGUUGAGGUGGUAAGGGAUGGAAGUGGAAAUUUCAGUAGCCAGGAGUUUGCCAAUGCAAUCAAGAAGGUGAUUGUUGAGGAAGCGGGCCAAGAAAUGAGGGAGAAGGCUGCUGAACUGAGUGAGAAAAUGAAAAAUGAAGAUGAACGUGUGACGAAUGAAGCAGCAGACGAACUGAGGAAAAUUUGUUUGGAGCAUAAUCAGAGGAAGUAGUAACACCUUCUCAAAGAAGCUUAUGGAGUGAGCUUCAUAACAAUGUUAUCAAAUAAAUUAAUCAAUAAAUGAAUAAAACUAUCUGCUUUAGCAAAUGAGAGCUCUGCAAACACAACCUAAAAUCAAAGUCUAGAACAAUAGAUGUAUUUUUCUGAAGGUAUUAGAUGUAUUUUUCUGUAUCAUCUAAUAUCAUUGGCUGCAGCAUUUAACGGUUAAAAUCUAGAUUGAGAAAUCUGUGUUUAUAUACCAAAUUCCAAUGUGAUUUAAAUGGACUAAAUGAUCAGAUUUCUUCCAUCGCAAUCAUCCCCAAAAUUUGCGGGAAAUUCAAUCAAUUUUAUUCACACA